UGCAGGCCCAGCGAAAGAGAAAACUAAACCAAAACCCAAAGGGGAAAUCAAUAAUUUCAAAACGGAAAGAGAAAUUCAAAAUCAGGAUCGAAAUGCUGUCUGUCAUUCAGUAAUUCGUGAUUUGCUGUGUCUGAAGUUUUAAUAAGGUCGUGUUUGGGAGGCCAAGAAUCUUGAGUUUUCAUCUCCUUUAAUUUGGGUGCUGUGUUUCACUGCUUUGGUGAUGCUAUCAAUUCGGGGCUGCUUUGGUUUCGGAGAUGUUGAACCCCUCCAUUUGAUCUGUGAGUCGCCAUUUUCCAACUCGUUUAGUAAAAUACUGCUUGUACUGAAUUACAAUUUUGUUUGUAUAAAUGGGGGACCUGAGCUCAGUAGAUGCGAUUCUAGAAUUUUUAAGAAAGAACAAGUUUGCUAGGGCAGAGGCUGCAUUGCUUUGUGAGCUGAGUAAUCACACGGAUUCGAAUGGAGUUCUUCACAAACCUGCUGUUGAGGACAAGGAGUUGAACCAACCAUUGGAAGAAGCAAAUGGGCGGAAAAUCUCUGGGGAGAAUCUGAGGAAGGAUUAUCAUAAGAAUGAGGAAGUUGGAAAGGAUAUGAGUUUUAGGAGCAUUGAGGAGAUCUCAAAGGAGCUUAUAAUUAGUGAGAUAGAGUGUGGAGCUGGGAGGAAUGGGCCAGAUUGCAAAGGGAAGAAUGGUGCUAAUGUAGGGGAACAAAGCAAAGUUAAUGAAUCAGUUGGGACGAGUGAGAAGAAUUUCGGUUUUAACAGUUCAAAGGAUACUGCAUUUGAUUUGUACUCGCGGAAAUAUAAUCCCAAUAUUGGACCUAUUGUUUAUGGAAAGACAAUGCCUAAUCCAGGUGAGUUCCACAAUAGUGGUAAUGCUUCUGAAAACUCUGGGGAAGUUAGUAGUUCCUAUAAUGAGAGGAGAACAUCAUCACCUGGAAAUUCUGGUAAAACCAAAAUGGAAAUAGUGCGGGAGAAAAAUCAAAAUAGUGAACUGAAGGAAGGUGAUCAGUGGCACAAGCAAAUUGGUAGUUAUUCCAAAGAUGCUUUUGCUGAUAACUCAUGGAAUGACUGCUUGAUGAAAACUGUUUUCCCAUUCUCAAAGGAAGAUGUAUCAACGAGUUAUGACCAUAAAAUUGUAAUUGGUGAUAAAAAUGAAGAGAAGAGAAAACCAGAGAUUACUGACAUUAAGGCAGCUAUCAAAGAGCAAGUGGAUGAAAUUGGAAGAGCUUUGUACUUUGUGAGAGCACAUGGAAGUGAGCCAAAGGAUCUUUCUGGCUUUGGCCUUCCACUUGGAUCAGAGAACCAAAAGGAAGAGCUACCUAGAUUACCACCUGUUAGACUCAAAUCAGAAGAGAAGCCGUUUAAUAUUCAAUGGGUAGAAAAGUUUGAACGAGAUGGAAAUGACUUGAGUAUUUCUAGUACCGAUAAAACCUAUCUUAUCGGAUCAUUUCUGGAUGUUCCUGUAGGACAAGAAAUUAACACUUCAGGUGGGAAAAGAUUUGUGGGAGGUAGUUUGCUCUCUGUGAGUCAGGGCAUUGUUGAGGACUCUUCUGAUCUUGUUUCUGGUUUUGCAACUAUUGGUGGACUUAGUGAACCAGUUGACUAUCCAACUGAAUAUUGGGACUCUGAUGAAUACGAUGAUGAUGAUGAUGUAGGCUACACUAGGCAACCUAUUGAAGAUGAGACCUGGUUUUUGUCUCAUGAAAUUGAUUAUCCAAGUGAUACUGAGAAGGGAACGGGACAUGGGAGUGUACCUGACCCUCAAAGAAGUCAAAACAGAGAAGAAGAUGACCAAUCAUUUGCAGAAGAAGAUUCUUACUUUUCAGGUGAGCAGUAUAUCAAGUCAAAAACUGUGGAUGGAGUUAGGCUUGCAGAUGAUUCCACAGGGUUGUCAGCAACUGAAAUAUACAGGAGAGCUGAUCAUGAUGGCUUCACUGCUCAAUAUGAUGGACACUUGAUGGAUGAGGAUGAACUAAAUUUGAUUCGUGCAGAGCCUGUAUGGCAGGGCUUUGUUACACAAGCAAAUGAACUAGCCAUGCUAGAGGAUGAAAAAAUCUUAAAUGAAUGUGCAAGGUCUCAUUUAGAUCAGAUUUGCUUGGAUGAUGAUCAACAUGGGUCAGUUAGAUCCAUUGGUGUUGGAAUUAACAGUGAUGUUGCUGAUAUUGGCAGUGAAGUUCGGGAAAGCCUGAUUGGAGGGAGUAUUGACGGGGACAUAGAGUAUUUCGGUAAUAAUUAUGUUGGUAUUGGUGGGUCCAAACAUGUGCUGCAUGACUCAGAUAAGACUUAUUCUGAGAGAUCAAAUGGAGAUAAGAAAGCAGCUAAUCGCAGUUCUGACAAGUUUAUAACAUGUCUUGACAGGACAAAGAGUCACCUGGAUGGGGGAUUUUCAUUUCCCCCGCCUAGAGAUGGACAGUUGGUUCAGACUAACUCUGGAAAAUCUAUAUGGUCAAAUGAGAUAAAAUCAGCAAUAGCUGAGGAUAUUGAUGAUUGUUUGGUGAAAAAUGAUGACAUGCUUGUUCCAUGGAAGCGAAAGAGUAGUGAGUCAUCACCUGUCAAGAUCUCAAGAUAUGAAAAUAAUGCAAAUGCUACUGGAUCUGCAAAUUCUAGCCCUUCAUCACUUUCAAAUUAUGAUGGUUAUACUGAACAUGACCAUGUGAAGGAAGAACAUGAUACCCAAGUAAGUGCAAGAGAAGACGAUCUGGGGGCAUCAUUGGAGGAUGAAGAAGUAGUGGCUGUACAGGAACAAGUGAAGCAGAUAAAAGCACAGGAGGAGGAAUUUGAAACCUUCGAUCUCAAAAUUGUGCACAGGAAAAACAGAACUGGUUUUGAGGAGGACAAAAAUUUUCAUGUUGUUCUAAAUUCAGUGAUAGCUGGGCGCUAUCAUGUUACCGAGUAUCUUGGAUCUGCUGCAUUCAGCAAAGCCAUCCAAGCUCAUGACCUUCAUACUGGCAUGGAUGUAUGUGUGAAGAUUAUAAAGAACAACAAAGAUUUCUUUGAUCAGAGCCUUGAUGAAAUAAAGCUCCUCAAGUUUGUCAACAAACAUGAUCCUGCUGAUAAGUACCAUAUACUUCGGUUGUAUGAUUACUUCUAUUACAGAGAGCAUCUGUUGAUUGUAUGUGAACUACUGAAAGCUAAUUUAUAUGAAUUCCAUAAAUUUAAUAGAGAAUCUGGAGGGGAAGUUUACUUUACGAUGCCAAGACUACAGUCAAUUACGAUUCAGUGUUUGGAGGCACUCCAAUUCCUGCACAGCCUUGGACUUAUACAUUGUGAUUUGAAACCUGAGAAUAUUUUGGUAAAAAGCUACAGUAGAUGUGAAGUGAAGGUCAUUGACCUUGGAAGCAGUUGUUUUGAAACAGAUCACCUAUGUUCGUAUGUUCAAUCUAGAUCAUACCGUGCACCUGAAGUGAUCUUGGGACUUCCAUAUGGUAAAAAGAUUGAUAUCUGGUCACUUGGCUGCAUAUUGGCAGAACUUUGUACUGGCAACGUCCUUUUCCAGAAUGAUUCUCCAGCCACUUUGCUUGCUCGGGUGAUUGGUAUUAUAGGUCCGAUUGAGCAAGAGAUGCUUGCCAAAGGAAGGGAUAUGUACAAAUAUUUCACCAAAAACCACAUGUUGUAUGAACGGAAUCAGGAAACCAACAGACUGGAGUACUUGAUUCCCAAGAAAACAUCCUUGCGCCAUCGAUUACCAGUCGGGGAUCAAUGCUUCAUUGACUUUUUGACUCAUCUCUUAGAAAUAAACCCAAAGAAGCGUCCCUCGGCUACAGAGGCUCUAAAACACCCUUGGCUAUCAUAUCCUUACGAGCCGAUAUCAUCUUAAGGCAGAAGAGAUUUCUCACGACACCCAACCACCAAAGCUGCCCGCCCUCACACCUCACCCCUCGAUUCUGUGACACACUCAACUGCCAAAGCUGUGUGCUCUCACGCUUCACCCCUCGGUUCUGUGGCCUGUAAGUUCCUUGUGCACCAGAGUAGUUAUGUUUUAUUUGGGUGAAAUGUGGAAUGCAUGUAAUGUUGCAUCUAUUUGUACAUGUACAUGAUGUGUGUAAUAUUUUUGUUUUAGGUGAGAUAGUUUGUGUAAUAGCUACGCAUCCAAUUUUGAUGGUUUAUUUACUAAUUUGAUGAAUUGUAUCAUUAUUAUGUAACAAGCACAACAGUUCAUUCAAGUAUAUUGUUUCACUCAGAUCUAUUGAGAGAUAUAUAUAAUGAAUGACACCAUCUUGCCGGUUUCCAGUGAA